AUGUUGCGCGCACGAACUUGGUUGCGAUCCUUCGUUCUGGUGGACCGAACGGCUUCACUUUGCAUAUCGAGUGCAACCAAGGCUGCUUUUAUAGAAGACGGUGAUGGUGUGAUGAGAUUCAGGAGUGACCCAUAUUGCAAGCCAGCAAGGCAGUGCUUUCUAUGCGCCAAGAAGAUUGAACUCAAUUACAAAAAUGCUCGAUUGCUACAGCAAUUCGUUUCCACAUUUUCCGGACGAGUCUACGACCAGCACAUCACUGGACUUUGUGAUGGGCAGCAGAAGAGACUUCUUGAAACGAUUGCUCUGAGCCGACGUGCCGGUUACAUGCCUGUGUUUGUUAAAGAUCCCAAGCACAUCACUGGACUUUGUGAUGGGCAGCAGAAGAGACUUCUCGAAACGAUUGCUCUGAGUCGACGUGCCGGUUAUAUGCCUGUUUUUGUUAAAGAUCCCAAGUACUUGAGAGACCCAAAGCUUUUCGAUCCACUAAGACCAAUUCGUCCUCACAGUUAUGCAUAG